GGGGCCGGGCGCGGCGGCGGCGGGCGGAAGCGAGCGGCGCGGCGAUGGACACGGCCCCGGUGGCGGGGCGCGGACCCAUCAAGGGCAUCCUCAAGAAAAGCGGCGGCAGGCUUUCGCCAGGAGGAGUGGCUGCGGGGGCGCCGCGGCGAGCUAGUCCGACCCGCCAUGAGGACGAGCCCGAGCACGGUAAAAAGUCCCAGAAGUGGGAUGAAAUGAACAUCUUGGCUACAUACCACCCAGCAGACAAAGAUUAUGGCAAGAUGAAAAUAGAUGAGCCAAGUACUCCUUAUCACAGCAUGAUAGGAGAAGAUGAUGAGGAUGCAGUGAGUGAUUCAGAAUCGAAUGAGCCCUUGAAAGCAGAUGUGUUGAGUAAAAAACUGGCAGCAGCAGCUGAAGGUGAAGGACCCAAGAUUAUAGCAAGGCAAGAGGAAAGCAGCGAGGAAGAGGACGAGGAUGAGGAAUUAACACCUGAAGAACGAGAGAAGAAAAAGCAGUUUGAAAUGAAAAGGAAAAUGCACUACAAUGAAGGACGAAACAUCAAACUGGCAAGACAGCUCAUUGCAAAAGAACUACACGGUGAAGAGGAGGAGGAGGAUGAAGAUGAAGAGAUGCGUGAUGCUGCAGAUACAGAAACAAUGAAUACAGAACCUACUGAACACGGGGAAAGGAGGGCUCCAAUAGGCAACCUUAUGACCUUUCUCCAUGGCUUGAAGCUGCCAUCUCUCUGUACUCUGCUGUAAAACAGAGGCAACUCCGCUCCCCAGCUGCAUUCACCAGUGGAAAGAAGGCACACCUUUGCAGCAUUUUUCCUUCUCUAUUGUUGAACUUCAUUCCACCUUGCCUCAUUACCAGCUUCAGAGCCACAACUGGUAAUUAUCAAUUUUAGACUGCUCAUGGCCAAUAGAUUAUAUAAAUGUAACAGUUUGCCACCUUAUCAGCCCAAUUACUAACUGGUUUGUCUUCACAACGUGGCAUAUAGAAAUACUUUUCCCUUAACUGGAUGCAGUUCUCAAAUCUUAUUUCCUCGUUUGUAUGAUUCUGCUUAACAAACCCUGCU